AUGGGCAGAACGAAACUGAUGAACUCGGUUGCUGAGCGCUACAAAGCAGACGUGGACUUUCUUUUGGUCUACAUUUGUGAAGCGCACGCGAGCGACGAAUGGCCAGUAGCGGGUAACCUCAACAUAAAGUCUCAUUCAUCAAUACAAGACCGUGCUCUGGCUGCUAAGGCGCUGACAGACUACGGGAUUCCGUAUCCUGUGGUUCUAGAUAACAUGGAUAACGUGGCAGCUGUUAAAUACGCUGCCAAUCCAGAAAGACUCUAUGUAAUUCUGGAUGGUAUUGUUGUUUACCAAGGUACCCACGGUCCUGCUGGCUAUCAACCUGCGGAAGUGGAUACAUUUUUGAAACAAUUGGUUUCGAAGACGUCAUAA